UCCUUCUCUCGCAACAGGUGAGUCGCCUUUUGUACUCGUAGUUGCAAUUCGCUCCAGGGCCGGUAGGGCAUAUCGAGUCCCACAGCAAAAAAACGGCAAUUGAGACGCAAACCCAGGCUCAUCUAGACUUUCGGCAGAGGGGAGAAUCAACGUCCGCCCCGAGCCCUGGUAAACGCGGGUUGCCUGGGAGCUCUUCCGAAGAUUCAGCUAGCCUGCAAUUGGACAGUAGUAGUGCUCCGUAAUCGUAGCAGCAAAGAAGAGAGGCAGCCCUGCGAUGAAGAGACGGGGAAAAAAGAGAUCCUGAAUCCUGUGUGAGGCCCGUCUUAGCGGCUGACAUGGGGAGCUGCCUCUCUUCGCCAAAUUCGGCGGCACAGGCGCAACAGAAGCAUGCGCACGUCUUACUCGUCGUGGAAUCAGCCGGGGGGAGGAUGCUCUACCUGGGAUUCUCUGCAAGCCCAGCUGCGUGCCGUGGUUUUGUCAGCCUGACCUGUUUUGCAAAUGUCCAAUGGCAUCUUCGGCUCGACCUCCUCUCCUUCAGACCGUUGUUAGGCUGGCACCAAUGCAUCUUCGCCAUAUUACUUUCCAAGGGCACACAAAAACACCCUGCGAAUUUUGGCAUUCGUGUUUUGGAAUCACCCUACCUCCAUCGGUGGGCUGAGGCCAUGUGCCCAAGAGUGGCGACAUCGUAUCCAGCCAUCAUCAUGUACCCUGGCUUUAUUUUACUUGCGAAAUCACACAUGGUUCCCUCCCAAUGCUGAGCCAACAUGUUUGAGAGCUCAAUUUUUUUUUUCGUAGUUUUUCUUUUUCCCUGGUUUGACACCCAAGCGCCCAAUUAUAUGAAUCAACUGAUUGUCGUAAAGUCGUUCGUUAUCAAAGAAAGGAAACGGAAGAGAGAAAAAAAAAGGCCUCGGCCAACGCGAAAAAUAUUUAUUUUGACUGUCAAAUGCAAAUGCAGAGCUCCACUAUAU